AUGCCUGCAAAGGCGAGGGCGGAUCAAGACGAUCGGGAAUCUGCGCGGCGUGUUCAGCCUCGAGAUCUGCGGGCGGCGGCGGUGGCGGCGGCGUCUCUCCGGCGGCCUCGAGAGCUGCGCGGCGCGGCGCGGCGUGGAGCGGCGUGGCGUGGAGCGGCGCCGGCGAGGCCAGGCGGCACGGCGUGCAGAAAAGCAAAGUGCGGCGCGCGCGCCGCCCACUCGCGCCUCGGCCCGCCUCGAAAGCUGCCGGCCUGCGCCGCGCCGCGCCGCGCCGCUCCGACGGUUCUGGAUUGCUGCUACGCUGGCGGCUUGGGCCGGCAGUAUUCUCGUUUGCCGAAAACGACGUGCGGACAGUCUGCACGUCGUAACCGGCGCCUCGAAGCCGUCAAAGAACGAGACGAGGAGCCAGAAGGCCCUUGCGAGAGAUUCGGUCUGAAUAGGAAGGGGCUCCGGCGAUGUCCAGUCUGUAGCGAGGAGCGCGGGACCCCAGUGACAGCAGCUGCAGAGAAUGUCCAGUUGCCAUCAGCAGACGAUGGAGACCUCCCUCCUCAAGCCAACGAAUCGCUCCAGCAAGAUAUUCGUAAUGAUUUUUUGAAAACACAUGAAGAAACUUUUCAAGAAACACCACUCCCGCACUCGUAUAUAAAACGUCUCGACGUACGGAGACGCCGAGAAGAAAGUUGGGGUGGAGGUUCCGUGGAAGCCUCAGAGCAGCUCCCUAAAGAGGAAUGUUGGAGGAGCUUCUCCGUCGAGGGAGGCGCCGCGUAGCCAGCCAUACAGCACUGCCGCCGCCUCCGCCUACGCGUCCGCCGCCGCCGCCGCCGCCCCCAGGUCGUAAACCAGAGUUUAUCGCUCCUCGAUCCUCCCAAUACGCAGGACCGCGGCGCUCGGAUCCAUCUUGUAACUUUAAUUUUGGGGGAAUGAGUUGUUAAUCUUGAAUAUUAAAAAAUAAACGUGAUAUAGAGGCGGUGUCUGGGCGGGAUAUUAACAUACGGCGCCGCGCGCCAUCGCACCGCCCCUUACUGCACCGCACAGCGCCGCGCGGGGCCAUAUGGUUAGUCUCAUGGCGGCGCCCGGCGCGGCCCGGCC